GAAAAACAAAAAAACUAAGUCACCCUACCACAGUACAUGAAAUGUGGCGGUGAAUCCUUAGUAGUGAUAGAACUUACAUAUUUACUCGCGUACCUGGAUUUUCUUUUCCUAGAGUGGUCAGUCACUUCUAGACCGUUGGCAGCUAACAGCAUGAAACGAAAACAGCGCAGAUAUAGAACCACUUUCAACUCGCUACAGCUGCAGGAACUAGAACGAGCCUUCCAGAGGACGCAUUACCCGGAUGUGUUUUUCAGGGAAGAGUUGGCAGUAAGAAUAGAACUCACAGAAGCACGUGUGCAAGUGUGGUUUCAGAACCGUCGUGCGAAAUGGAGGAAAAGUGAGAAGGGUUUAGUUGGCGACGAAGGUGAAAAUGAAGCCACCAUUCCCAACGGCACAAGUAGUUCAGGACCGACGCGGGUUGCUGCAGAUGAUGUAGCGACAAGUGCCACCUACGAAACCAUUUCUCAAAACAUCAGUUUGGCGAAUAUGCAACUGAAUCUACACGAAAGUGUAUCCCAAGUACCGAGUUUCGAUCAAGAUGGCAAAUUAUCACUUGGUCAAUUGUCACCAGGAAGAUUAUCCCCGAAUCUGUUCCUAAACCUCAACUUUGAUCAAAUCAAUCCGAUCGAUGGCCGCGGAGGCAGCUUGACAUUCGAGUGGAAUAGUUAUCCACCAACAAGCACAGCAGGAAGGCAUACUGCAGCUUUUUCCAGUUCCAUGACAGACAUGACCAGCACCAUUUGCAAUUCUACCCUUGGUUCCCCCAUCGCAUCGUCCAGCGGCCCUUCUUCAUCGUCUGCAGGCAGCGGGCUUCAGUUUAUGAACAUCAACAGUUUGGUCAGCUCGUCCCCACCGCCUUCUUCAUCCGUUUACGACGAAGAAAUGAAGUUCCUCAACGUGGAUCAGUUCAACAUGGAUAGCUUCAAAAGCGAAUCGUUGUUCAAUCUCGACCAAACACUUUUGUCUUCUGGAGAUCACCAAAACGCUCUUCAUUCAUCUCUCCACAAUUCAUCAUUUCAAGUUCAGCUUCAACCGAGCAUUGGCUGUCAUCACGAUGACAAAUCGCACCUUAGUUUAGACUUAAAUAAUUUCAGUUUGAACGACAAUGGACCAGGGAAAUCAGACAAAUCGCCUUCUGAACUGUUAGAUUUGGAAAAACCUAUUAAUAUCAACAUCAACGUGGAUGGUAUGGAUCAUUUGGAUGAUGACAAGUAUUGAAGAGAUUAUUCGUGUGAUUUUAUACACCGUCCCAAUUAGACUAACUCAGAAACUCUUGAUCAAUGCUGUGAAUUGGCUUUUAAUUGGUUAUUAGCAAAACCUAUUACAUAGUGCCAUUUUUUCGUAUAAUAGUGUAUACAAACUUAAACUCUAGUCAAAUUAAAAUAAUCCAUUAAGCAGAACAGAGAACCGUAGUUACCAUGCAUAGACCAAACCAAAACAUGAAAUUGUUGAUCGAAAAGAGCAGUUGAAAAAUAAUCGAUAGCUUUUACAGUGUUCAAAAGAAGCAUAUUGGUGUAUCAAAACUCUAGAGUAGUUUAUGUUUUGUUUUAGUUGAGAAUAAAGUUCGAGGAAACAAAACAAUAA